AUCUAUAGGGCUUUGUGCUCAGCCACACCACGAGACAUUGGCAUCAUGCAAGAGGACAGCCCCGAGGUGCGGAAGCUGUCGGAGAAGGCGCGGGGCCGGCAGCAGUUCGUUUUUGACGGCCGCUGCGUCUACGAAUGGGAGCAGAACAUCGAGGAGACGCACAUCUACAUCCAGCCGCCUCCGGGAGUCACAAAGCAUCACUUGGAUAUCAAGAUCGAGCCUAGGCACCUGCGAGUGGGGAUCAAGGGCAACCCGCCCUUUCUGAACGAGGAUUCAUUUGGUCUUGUCGAAACAGACAGUUCCUUUUGGAUGAUAGAGGAUGGGGAGCUGCACAUCCAGCUGCAAAAGGCACACAAGGGUGAGACCUGGCAUGCCGCCCUGAAAGGCCAUGGGCAGCUGGACACGUACUCGGAGCAGGAGGUGAACAAGAAGCUUAUGCUGGAGCGCUUCCAGGAGGAGCAUCCCGGCUUCGACUUCUCGGGCGCGAGCUUUAGUGGCCAGGCACCUUCCGCGCGGACCUUCAUGGGGGGCAUCCAUGCGGAUCCCCAAGCGCUGAGAUAGCGUUGCAAUUCGCCGCGCUGCAUUGGGUCAGCGGUGAGAAUGACACGAGCU